GAUUCAUCGAGUAUUCGACUAUUCAAAUGAGUCUUGGAUUUAACACCGAGUGCUUCACUAUAAAUUAUAGUCAGUUUUUUUAAAACCCAAUUUAAAAAUGAGCUGGUUUUCUAAAAUUUCUCUUAAACUGAGAAAACGAAAUUCAUCAAAAAAAGCAUUUUUUAAAAAUUUGUUGAAUAAAUUAAAAAAGGAUGAAAAUUUAUUGAUUAAAUGUCGAGCUGAUCUUGAAUUUAAAAUUCAGCAAGAAAUGUUAUACAUUAAAAAAAUUGAAUAUUACGAUUAUGAAAAAAUUGAUGCUGCAAUGAUAAGAAAAGAACUUAUGGAGAAGCAACUUGAAAGAAUUGAUGAAGCUUUGGCUAAAGUUAAAUGCAAGAUUGAGAUUUAUGAAAAAUCCUUAGAGGCUUUUAAAUGUUUAAAAAAAAAAAAAUACAUGAGUAUUGAUAAUGUAAAAAAUGAAUUUUCAAUUAUAUUAUCAAAGUCAAGGUUUUUUGAUACACUCAAGCAAGAUGAUGAUGAUGAUGAUGAUGAUGAGCUGGAACAAGAGCUUGCUCAGCUGAUGGGAUUUUCAAAAUCAUCUGACACUAUUGUUGAAUCAAGUCAGAUUAAUUAUAAAAAAAGAAGAGCCCCUCAACCAAUUAUAACAUAAACUUUUAAAUUAAUUGUAAAUAUACGUGAUAAUUAUUUCGUGUUAUUAAUAAAUUUAAGCAAUUAAUUGUUUUUAUUUAUAUUGACCGAGUAUUAAAUAUUUAUUUUUAAAUAUUUGAAUGUACUACUUUUAUGGAAAUAAAUUAUUUUUAUGAAAAUAA